CGCCUCAUCGCCCGCCCGCGCCCGCCCGCGCCCGCCGCCCUCACAUUCCCUCCACCCGCACCUCCCUCUCCUCACUGCAUAGCACAAACAACAACAACAACAACAAGAACAACAACGGCAGCCAUGGCGGACAGCAUGGAAGGCGUCGUCACAGAGGCGGAGAAGCCAACCGCAGAGCAGACAGAGCAGCAGACCAUCGCCGACAUCAGGAGCAACUUCGCCCUGCUCGAGCGUGCCGUCACCCAGUUCGACUCCCGCUUCGCCCUGCGAGCCCUGCGCUCAAUAUCGUCGCUGCGGAAGCGCCUCACCGACCGCGUGCUCUGCUCGGUCAUCAUCCUGACAUACUCGCCCAACAAUGCCACCGCCCGCACAUUCAUCGAGUACAUUGGUAUGGACGGCGCGGCGAUACAGAGCGUCGUUGCUCAGUACAAGGAGGAGGUGCAGGCGAACAAGACCAACGCCAAGGAGCCCAUACCUGAGAUCGACGUCUACAUAGCCAUUCUGAUCCAGGUGUACCUGUACGAUCAGAAGGACCACGAGGAGGGUGCCGAGUUCUCGGAGAAGCUGGUGGACAAGAUCCGGGAUAUGAACAGACGGACACUCGACUCGCUGGGUGCAAAGGCCUACUUUUACUUCUCGCUCUUCCACGAGGAGCUGGACCCUAAGCCCCCCUCCAAGCAGUCGCCUGUCAUCGACAUUCGUGGCAAGCUGCUGGCGGCGAUGCGCAGUGCAGUCCUCCGUAAGGACCCUGACACACAAGCAUCAGUCACCACUCUUCUCCUCCGCAACUACAUCUCGACCGCCGAUAUCACACAAGCCGACCUCCUCGUCGCACAGACACAGUUCCCGCCCAAUGCCCCCAACAACCAGGUCGCCAGGUACCUGUACUACCUCGGGCGUAUACGCGCUAUCCAGCUGUCCUACACCGAGGCACACGAGCACCUUACCAGCGCCACUCGCAAGUCGCCUUCUGGCAAUGUUGCAACUGGCUUCUACCAGGCGGCCAUGAAGUUGUUGAUUGUUGUGGAGCUGCUCAUGGGUGAUAUUCCUGACCGUGACGUCUUCAGCCAGGCCCGCUUGGAGCGUGCUCUGGAGCCUUACUUCCGUCUGGUCCAGGCUGUCCGUGUCGGUGAUCUGCAGGGCUUCUUGAAGGUCGUUCAGACACACUCUAAGGUCUUCCACAAGGACCAGACCUACACAUUGAUCCUGCGUCUGCGGCAGAACGUCAUCAAGACCGGUAUCCGCAUGCUGUCGCUGUCAUACUCGCGCAUCUCGCUCCGCGACAUCUGCAUUCGCCUUGGUCUGGAGAGCGAGGAGUCGGCUGAGUACAUUGUUGCAAAGGCUAUCCGCGAUGGAGUCAUCGAGGCCUCGAUCGAUCACGAGAAGGGUUUCAUGCAGACGAAGCAGGCUGGAGACAUCUACGCAACCCGUGAGCCUGGCGAGGCGUUCCACGACCGUAUCCGGGCUUGCUUGACCCUGCACGACGAGUGUGUCAAGGCCAUGCGCUACCCAAUGAACCAGCACAGGCUGGAGCUGAAGAACGCCCAGGAGGCUCGGGAGCGCGAGCGCGAGUUGGCCAAGGAGAUCCAGGAGGGAGACAUCGACGAUGACGAUGCGGCAGGAGACUUUGAUGGUUUGUAGAUGCUGCAUAGACUACAUCAAAGGACGUGUAGUUCAGCACGCAAAGAUUGGUGCUGUCUGGCAAGCAUUUAUAGAUGUGCCACACAGUGAUUUGAAAAGGAUCACCCUAAUGAUGCACGAAUAGAAGCGCAUUGAUACGACA